AUGCCCAUUACGAGCCACGCAGCGAAUCUCCUGAGCAUCGACGGCCAUGAAUUCCGCGUCAACUACGACGUCCCAAAGGAAAUUCCUGAGGAACUAGAGGAACUAUUCGAUAGGGAUGCAAAGUAUGAGGAGAUUCCGGAACAUCUGAAAGCAUAUGAGACUGAACCAAUCGAUUCGGAUGAAGAAGAGGCUGAAGAGAUCGCACGACGAGAAAAAGCAACAAAAAAGAACAUGGAACAGAUUAAAGAGAUGAUGAGGCUCCCGCACUAUGAUGAGGUGGUCGGUUGGGGCUUUAGUCAGCAAAACCAGGUGACCAUGACUAAGGAAACCUCCUGCGACUUCAAUUCGUAA